CAGCCAGCGUUUUGGCGGGCCGGAAGUCAUUUAUUGCGGUGCCCUUCGCGUCUGUCGAAAAACACUGCGUAGAGGAGGCGGAGAUUCCCAACGCCUUUCAGCCCAGGUGAUGCAGCGCCGACCCACUGCCUUCGCAGAUGGGACUCGCCGUUGCAGUUGGGCUUAGCAACGCAUCCUUGGUUUUUAUGGGCCGAAUUAAGACGACAUACUGGGCGCAAGUGAACACGAACCUCAACCGAUGACAGUUUGACAACCCAAAUGCUAAAACCCUACCAUUUGUGGGCAUUUCUUAUGAGCGCUUCGACGCUUUCGUAGGUGUUAAAGGCGAUCACUUGUUCCAUUGUUUCUAACCCUCUUCGCAGCCUUCAUCCAAAUCUGCACUCGCUUCAUUGUUGAAUUUGCACUCGAGCCGCCGAGCCCGACGACCCGAAUAAACGCCCUUUUUCGCCUGUCCGUUUCAGCACUACAGCCCGCCUGUUUCUGUCUGUAGCGCUUUCCAGCUGUGACGAGAAGAAAUUACGAGAAUCCCCGCCUGACGCUCCCGAGUUCAUCCCAAGCGUUCACUUCCACUUUUCCUGUGUAUCGGCCACCUGCUUCAACCAGCGGCGGCAUCACCAAGUAGCAACCACUCCAGCCUCCGCUUGCAGUACUUGCGGAUAUUCGUAUCAUGAGCGCAACUGUCGUGCAGUAUCCGGUAGAGCCUCGCGUGUCACGCUCUCGGCUCGCCGACGAGGUUUCAGCCGCCAAGAAGCGCAACGGCGCCCACGUACGCUCGCCGUCGGAGCGCAUCGCGUUAGUGCUUGACAUGGACGAGUGCCUAGUGCACAGCAAGUUCCUAAACGAAGUCGAGUACCGCCAGAGCGAAUACCGCCCCGAACAACUAGAGGAGUACAGCGACUCGUUCGAAAUCGUAAUGGAGGAUGGCGAGCGUGCAGUAGUCAACAAGCGACCAGGCCUUGACCGUUUCCUCGAGGAAGCCGCCAAGCACUAUGACGUGUAUGUAUUCACUGCCGGCUUAGAGGCCUAUGGCAAGCCCAUCCUAGACGCUCUCGACCCCAAGGGAAACCUUUUCGCCGGUCGCUUCUUCCGGGAGUCGUGUCAACAACGCAAAGGCAUGUUCCUCAAGGACCUGAGCGUCGUCCGUGGCGGCGAUCUGUCGCGCGUCAUCCUGGUAGAUAACAAUCCCGUGUCGUUCCUCAUGCAACCCAGCAACGGUAUCCCCGUGCCGAGCUUCUAUGACGACGCCAACGACCGGACGCUCGAGUCAUUGACCAAAGUGCUGGCCAGUCUGCAGGACGUCGAGGACGUUCGACCGCGACUGCACCAGCUUUUCCGUCUUGCGGACCUGCUGGCAGAGCACCAGCGCGUGAUCCUCGGAUGAUAAAGUGGAGUACAUUGUGUCGUGCCGUUCUCUCAUGGGUGGAUAUGAGUGGGAAUGGAUGGACCAAGUGGGGCGCCAAGUGAGCCCCCGCGUAUCAGUAGCAAGUAUAUAAGCCAAGGUGCCGUGCAGUAUCGUGAUAAAGUACGAGGUGAAAAUUAGAUAGCCGCUAUAUUUAAGAGCAACCAAGACGAACGAAGAGGGCGGCGACAGCAACACAAGAAGCAGUCGCCCUCGACAGACGAGAGAAUACAAAAAUGCAAUGUAUCUUACCUCUCCUUAUUUUUUCAGU